ACGCGAUUGUAGUGAAAAUAUGAGUGUCUGCUACUGCAAGGAAAGUGAGAGUAUUUCAAGACUAAAAGAAAUAUUUAAGCAUAUAUUCACCUGCAAAUAUAUGUAUAUUUAUGGUUUUCAAUAAAAAUAUUUCUUUAAAAUGAUAUGUCUUAAGUUAGAUAUUCUUUUCGAAGGAAGUUCCCUUGCGAACAAACGCAAUUUUACUAGAUUAGGGUUUUGUAGAGGAUGGAGGAAGUACGGCUUCGGCAUCACAUAGAAAAUUCACUUAAACACUCUUAAUUUUCUGAAAUUACUCAGGUGUAUAAGAUGUAUAAUGUUUCUCUAUGCCUACAUUUUUUCACAGUUACAUUUACACUAUUGCUCUGCUACUACCUACUCUAUCAUAAUUACUCGUCAAAAGGGUCAUGAUAAUCAAGACUCAAGACAGAGGGCCUAAAAUGUAAACUCAACGAAUUAUUUAAACCUCUGUGCUAAACCCCGUCUGUAUUGCAAAGGAGCUUCGUCGAUAGUUGUGUAUCUUUCCUACUCCAUUAAGUUAAUGAUGCAUGGUUAACAGAUUAAAUACACAAGAAAGCUAAGAAGUCCCAUUGCAGGACUAGGAACUAUUUAUGUCCAUAGUCAGGCAACACUUCUAGAACCAUCGUGAAUCCCAUAACUCAGAAGAUCAAUGCUUUCAUUAUGUUUGCCUGAUAUAAUUAUAUACUAUUGCUCUCAGUUUCUUCGAAGUAAAUUUUUUCUACAGAAUCUAUGUUCAUAUUUCCAUUGGAAAAAUCUACUUCUUAUAUUUCUCAGUCCAGUCAUGCAAUCCAAUCCUUAGCCGAAUAGAACAUUAUAUCAAAACUUCAAUAUAAAUACACAUUACUGUUGCUGCGCUCUGCGUAGAGAAGCUUGAGUCAUCAACAUUUCAACAAGAAGCCUUGCCUGCACAUCUUACAUGCCAUUGCCGAAAUUUCAGAAAUCAAGGACACCGAAGAAGGAGUAAUAAUUUGCAAUUGAACUAGUAAUAUAUUCACCCCCGUACCAAUAAAGACGAAAUAUUCAGUGGUUGUGUGUCACGAAAUGCAAUAUCCUGGCAACGGCGGGCAAUUACACCAUGACAACGACCAAAAAAAGUAAUUUCGUAUUCACCCUCAUAGGAGUUGAGAACGGAGCAAUGUUUUUACCAAAAGUCUUUUGCAGAAUUCCCUUAGUUAUUGCUUAAGUUCGAAAAUGUCAACAACGAAUCGCCAUAUAUUUCGGGCGCAGAGCAUCGUCUCGGCCAAGUGGAUUUUUAUAAUUGCCCCGUUAUUGGGUCAGUGUGCAUUCGUGUGUUGCUUGGAAGCACCCACGGUUCAUCUGCCCAACCAGGGCGCCAUUGUAGGAAUGUAUAUGAAGAUGUUCCGCACACAGAAUAUCAAGGCCUAUUUGGGAAUACAGUAUGCCAAGGCUCCAAGAUUUGCGCCACCCGAAAUUAAGGUGAACAAAUGGAAUAUGAUAUACAACGCGACAUCUUAUGGACCGAAAUGUUGGCAAAGGCAAAAGGAUACCAGGCCGACGGAUAAACAAACAUCGACGAUACAGGAACUCCUAAUGACUUCGACAACGGGCGGAACGAGUUUUCAUGAUGGCUACGAUGAGGAGUGUUUAUAUUUGAACAUAUUCAUUCCAGAUGGGUCCCCUGGUUUGACGGGUUAUGCAGUAAUGGUAUGGUUUCAUGGCGGCGACUUCUCAUCAGGCAGCCCUACUGACAUUGAUCCAUUUCAAAUGGUUUUCAAGCAGAAGGUCAUUGUCAUUACCGUGUCUUAUCGUUUGAGCAUAAUGGGCUUUUUAUCGUCUGGCGAUGCAGAGGCUCCCGGAAAUUUUGGUCUAAUGGAUCAAUCGGCUGCACUCUUAUGGAUACGCAAAAACAUUGCUCACUUUGGAGGCGAUUCGAAAAAAAUUACCAUUAUUGGGAUAGGAGCUGGGGCCGUUAGCGCAGGUCUACAUCUUACUUCGGGUGAUUGGUCUAGAAACAGUUUUCACAGAGUUAUCAUGAUGUCGGGAAAUCCACUAACAGAAGACACGGUCCGGACAUUUGAUGCUUUCAGUCCACAUUUGGAUUUGAUUGCGAAUGUCUUUGGAUGUAAUCGUAAACCGACUUCGAUGCUAAUGCAGUGCUUAAAGAGAGUUGAUGCCAAGAGGUUAAUGGAUAAUUUGCCCGACGUGGAAUUCGGGCCUCUCAUAGACAAGGGCUUCAGCAAUUCAUCUAAAGGAUUCAUAGACGACUUUCCAGUGGCGCUUUUCAGAAGUGGAAAUUACCACAAAGUACCAAUAAUGAUGGGGAUGACUGACAUGGAGGACGUUCUUCAAAUACUAGACGACGAAGAACGAGAGGGCACCGAGAUGACUGCAGAAGAUUUCGAAACAUUUGCCUCCAAGGUUGCAAUGAACGAUAUUCAAAAGAACAAUCAAAGCGAUUUAUGGUGCACUGAUUAUCCCAUCGUACUGGAUUCCAUCAAUCUUAUGUAUAAAAAUGAAGAGGAGGCCAAUCAGGAGACCGUAUUGAACAACUUUAUAAGUUUCCACACUGAUCGAGUGUACUUGGCCCCUCUUUUUCUCUUGGCAAAUCUGGUGAGCACCGAAGAAGAUGUCUAUGUGUAUUACUUUAAUAUUCGUCCAAAAACCGAAUUCUAUACGCUUCCCAGUUGGAUAAGUGUACCAAAGUAUUUUGAUCAGAUAUUCAUAUGGGGUGUUCCAUAUAUGAAUAACCAAAUGUUUAUAAAUCGCUGGAAUGCGACCGAUAAAAAGAUCGCCGAAAUGGUAAUGACUCUGUGGGCAAACUUUGCUAAAACUUCCAAUCCCACUGCUUCCAAUGUAUACAUAAAAUGGAAUUCAUACAAUAUCAAUAAUCAGUCUUAUCUGGUUAUCAAUGAGGACUUCAAUGUACGGACUGUGGCUGAAAAUCAAAAAAUCAAUUUUUGGAAUGACUACUAUCCCAAGUUGAUCGAUUUUGCCAUCGAAUGCUGCGCUUCCAGAAAUAAUGCGAAAACAUAUCUUCCAUCCAUUGGUUUCAAUUUACCCUUUAUAACUACAAUAUAUAUUUUACAUAAAGUGUUUAUAGUGUAAAAUUGUUAAGAAAUAUUUAUAUAUACACGGUAUUUAUUAUUGUCGAAUAAAAUAGGCUUAUCUAAACUGAUUUGUUAACUUCGUCAA